GACAAACGGCAUGCUUUACGUACAGUUGUCUCGGUUGUUUGCACCUUCUUUGUUCUGGAUGAAGGUAGUAGCUGGGUUUAAGCUAUCGAGCAAACAAUAGUUUCAGUGUGAGCGAGGAGAAGAUCGGGCAACCGCAGGCGAUUCACACAUCAUGCUUGAAGGAGAAGCCAAGAAGCAUGAAACCAACACUGGUGAAGCUGAAACCCAGGAACAGUCUGUGAAGAGUGUGGGUAUGGGGGAAUUCAUUUCAAAAGGUCUGGCAUUAAGCUCCCAGAACAGAGAAGUGGAGGAACCUUCACCAGCAGCCUCUAAUGUCCAGCCUAAACCCUUGUCCUGUAAUGCUGAUGGGAAAGGCUCCAGUGAAGCAGAUGUAAAUACAUUUCCACAACAGUUUAGCGUAGUUAGGAAUGCUAAUAUGGAUGCUCGGAGAUGUUCAGAAGACUUUGAUCAGCCGGAGGCUAAUUCUGAUUGUGUUUCCAGCACCACAGAUAGCAAACCAAAAUCAUUACCACCUAAUACAGAAUUAAAUGAACCACAAACCAGCACACAGAUGUCUGAUAAAACAGAUGAAAUCAUGAGUAAUCAGUCUGAAAGAGAGUCUGACAUGAAUGAAGCCCCUUGUGCAAAUGUGCUAACCCCUGCGGAAGCUGAUUGUGAUGCAUCUAGCUCUAAUAAAGGUGAUAGCAAUUAUUCUGACAAAGACAUUCACGAGAGCACCGCAGAUGCAAUGGUUUCUGAUGCUGAAAUGCAAGAUUCGCUCUCUGAAACAUUAAACCAAAAAGAUGAAACACUAGAUGAUGAAGAUCCUUCAACUGAGUCUAAUUCAGAGCAGAAUAAAGAGACUCCUGCAGAAGAUGACAAUGCUGAGGAAAAUAGUAUGGAGGUUACAGAAAACAAACACGGAUUUCCUUCUUUUACUCGCGGACGGCCUCGCAAAGAAAAGCGAGUUAUCAGAUGUGAACAUUGCUCACGUCCAUUCAACCAUGCCUCUGCGUAUAUCAUUCAUCUGCGCAUCCAUACCGGUGAGAAGCCCUUCGUCUGCCAGGACUGUGGCAAAGCCUUCGCUCAACUCUCCAACCUUCGAUCCCACAGCAAAGUCCAUAGAUCCAGAAGCCGGAAACACAGGAAUCAAAACAAAGUCACGACUGAGAAAACUGCAGAUGAGAGCCAAGUGGACAGUACUGAUAAAAAAGAAACUGACUUUCAUAGCAAUCCAAUCACUUCUAAAAGAAGGAGAGGCCGAGGGAAAGGAAAAGGGAAACCCCAAACAUGUCCAAUUUGUGCAAAGGUCUUCUGCUACAAGUCCGUCCUCAAAAUCCAUCUUCGCAUUCACAGUGGAGAAAAACCGUACUCUUGUAAGGUGUGUGGCAAAUCGUUUACUCAGGCCUGCACCGCGCGUGUUCAUGAACGAGUGCACUGGUCCAUUAGGCCUUUCCUGUGCACCAAAUGUGGUAAGGGAUUUUCUCAGCUCGGGCCGUUAAAAUUACACACUUGUAAAGGAAAAACGCGCAUGCAUAACACUGUGAAAGAAAUGGAAUCCGACGGUGUUGUCAGCUUCAGGUGCCACCUUUGCAAAACAUGCUUCAGCACCAGGGAUGAGUAUGAAUUGCAUGUGCAAGGGCACAAGGAUACUCAGCGUUACAGUUGUGACCGAUGCAAGCAGACGUUCAGUCUUCUCUCAGAGCUGCAUACGCACAGCAAGCAUUGUGGUACCAUACGACUUGCAAAAUCAAAGUUUUCGGGCUACAGUCCUCCUCACAGAUCACCACCUAAAAGCCCAAUGAACAGAAGAACUCCACCGAGAAUGCGCAGUCCGGCAAAAUCUCCUCAAAAAGAAAUUUUUUUGCCAAGAAAGCUGAAAAGGUGCUCCUUGCUUGCUUGUCCUCCUCAAAUCAUGGCUGCUUCAGAUUCUGACUCUCUGAAUAACCUUUAUUCAGUCAGUCAGCCAAUCAAGUCCACUUAUUUCGUAUCCCAAUUGAACAGUACGCACCAAAAAGCAGAUCCAAGGAGUUACUUCUGUCCACGAUGUGGACGAAUAUUCCAGCAUGUGGGAAGACUGAGAGCACAUAUGCUGACGCAUUCGCGUAAUAAAAACUUCAUGUGUAUCUAUUGCAACAGGGUGUUUAAAAACUGGAGGAAGUUUUGGAUUCAUCAGCGGCUGCAUAGACAGAUAAGAGGCCGUUUUUUUUGUCCCAAAUGCGGUCAGGGGUUUCGAUUUGUGGAAUCGUACAAUGAACAUGUGCAGAAGCACCCGGAGCUUAAUGCUCACGCUUGCCCCUUCUGUACUCGUACUUUCUCAAAUGCACAGAAGUUGAGGAAUCACCAGCAAAAGUGGCACCAUUCCACCAUGCCCUUUGUUUGUGAGUAUUGCGGAAAAGGAUUCGAAAGUGCGACCAUUCUUAAGCGACACAAAGUUGUUCACUGCACAAUUGAUCCAAUCGAGUCACUUUACAACACUGAUCUGCAGUCCACUGGACAUCCCUAUGAGUGCGGUGCAUGCAGUGCCUGUUUUGGAAAUUUGGAUUUGCUUUUCCACCAUCAGCUCCAGCACAAGGCUGCAGAGAAAGGACCAACAGAAAUGAAGGGCUUUCAGCGUCAGAGCUCAUUCUCACAUUCAAACGGUGCAGAAAGGCCUCGUUCUGUGUCACCAUUACGUUCAUCACCCUUAAAAAAGCCACAGCAAAAACCAAAUCCAAAUCAAUCCCCGAGCACCAUCAAGACAUUGCCUCAACUGUCAACAAAUCAUCAAACUUUUCCUCGCUCUAAAACUAACGAGGAGCAAAUGCUUGAAAAACACACUAAAAACCAAGUUUCGGUGACGGCAGAAUCAAAUAAUUCUAACAAGUCCCUAUCGAAGUCUGAGAAUACCACUGGUGAUUUAGUUUGCACUGAAUGCAAUGCUUGUUUUUCAAAUCUUGUAGCGCUGCAUGGGCAUUACUUGGAACAUGCCAGAGGAGAAAUAUGAAUAUGCUGUAAUUGUUAUUCUCGUUUGUUCAGCGAGUGUGUGCUAGUUGCAUAGGAAUCACAUAACUUCUCAAACAUAUGAAAAGGCUUGCUGUAUAUGAAUAGUUAGUUUUUUUGUGAUAUCAACAAUACUGACGUGCUGAUGCUCAGAGGGUGUUUUAUGACACUGAUUUUAAUUUUAAAUGUUCAAACCUUAUGCGGUUUAUCAGUUCAUUAACACAGCAGCAUUUUGGUGGCUAAACGCAAACUUGAAAAACUGGUUUUAGAACACAAGCUUUUAUGAAUGAUACUGUUGUCAUCUACAGUUGAUGUCAGAAUUAUUAGCCCCCUGUUUAUGUUCUUCCCCAAUUUCUGUUGAACGGAGAGACGAUUUUUUUCAACACAUUUCUAAACACAAUAGAUUUAAUAAGUCAUCUCUUAUAACUGAUUUCUUUUAUCUUUGUCAUGAUGAUAGUAUAUAAUAUUUGACUAGAUAUUUCUCAAGACACUUCUAUACAGCUUAAAGUGACAUUUAAAGGCUUAACUAGGUUAAUUAGGCAAGUUAUUGUAUAAUGAUGGUUUGUUCUGUAGACUAUCAAAAAUAUAUAAAAAGGGGCUAAUAAUUUAGACCUUAAAAUGUUUUUUAAAAAAUUAAAAACUGCUUUUAUUCUAGCCCAAAUAAAACAAAUAAGACUUUCUCCAGAAGAAAAAUAUUAUCAGACAUACUGUGAAAAUGUCCUUGCUCUGUUAAACAUCAUUUGGGAAAUGUUUAAAAGAGAAAAAAACUAUUGAAAGGGGGGCUAAUAAUUCUGACUUCAACUGUAUGUGUCAAUGUUAUGAAAGUGGAGACAUCAAACAUUUAGUCUACAUGUAGGCUUACAGACUACAUGUGUUUGUGCUGCUCAAGAUGCUUAGUGACAUUACUGACUACUACUGUCUUGGCAUGCAUGAUACAGUGGUUUAAGUACAUAAUUUCUGUGUAACGUACCCUCAGUUUUGUUACACAAAGGAUUAUUGAUAUGUUUGGACUAAAGAUUCCCGGUAAUUGACAGUAUUGUUUUAUUUAGGAAUACUAUUGUUUGAUUUAGAUCUUAGUUGAUAUUGCUGUUGGUGCUGUAAUUGACAUUUCAUCUAAAGACAUAGCCAUUAAAGGGAUCGUUUAACAAAAAUGAAAAUUUAGUCACUAAUAUUGAGUCACUUUUCUGUUAAACACAGAAGAAUUACUUUGAAACCUGUAACCAUCGACUUCCAUAGUAGGAAGAACAAAGACUGGAUGUUAUAGGUUUCAGCAUUUUUCUAAAUAUGGUCUUCUGUGAUAAACUCAAACAGGCUUGGAACAAGUGAAGGGUAAAUCAUGACAGAAUUUAGUUUUUGAACUAUCCCUUUAACAGAUUAAACAUCUUGCUCGAUCAUAAGUUUUAAGUAAAAAUGAUGAGAAUAAUAAAAAAUUGCAUUAGAAUAUUUUGGAUUUCUGCCAAAUGUUUUGUGUAUUUUACUAAUAAGGUUUUAGUUUUUCAUACCUCACAUCUAGUUUUAGAGCAAACUUUGUUGUUUGGAUGGUUGGUUCGCAUAAUCUUAUUAAAUAUAGAAAUUACAACCUGCCUUGACCUCUUAAAAAAAUAAAUUCAAUACUUUAUUUGAAUUGCAUACCGUUUCAGUUAUUUAUUAUAAUUUAAAAGCCAAAUGAUUA